GUCGAUGUUAUUUAACCUCAAAAAAAAAACAACGUAAACAAAUAAUGUAUUCCACUCUGAUUUUUUUAACAUUUUCUUCUUUCUCGUUUGUAUUAUCUAAUACCGAUCAAUGUUCAAAAGAAUCUUCAGAUGGAAAUUGUGGAUUUGAUGCAUUAAAUGUUAAAAAAUAUUCGAAAGAACAGAACUAUUUAGCCAUAAUUAAGGCUGCUAAAAAGGAAUAUGAACCAUGUGACAGUAUCUGCAAGUGCUAUUCUCAAGUUAUUUCAAAAGAUUUAACUCCUUUCAGCCGAGGUAUUGACAAACAGUUAAUCAAUAAUAUUCGGACUAAGGGAACCAAGUAUCAAAUUAUCAACCACAAAUUAUAUCGUGACAAAGAUUGUCUUUUUCCUGCUAGGUGUUCUGGCGUUGAACACUUCCUCUUGAAAUUAUUGCCCAAAUUGAAUGAUACAGAAUUCAUUUUGAAUUGUAGGGAUUGGCCCCAAAUUUUCCAACACCAUGGGCCACGUGGACCUGUAUUCUCUUUCAGUAAAACAGAUGAUUAUCUAGAUAUAAUGUAUCCUGCAUGGGCUUUCUGGGAGGGAGGUCCUGCCAUUUCCCUCUAUCCUCGUGGUAUUGGUCGUUGGGAUCAACAUAGAAAACUUCUUGGUAAAAUGGGGAAUGAUAGCAAAUGGGAUAGCAAAAUAUCUAAAGCAUUCUUUAGAGGUUCAAGAACAAGCUCGGAAAGGGAUCCCCUUAUUUUAUUAUCAAGAGAGAAUGCUGAUUUGGUUGAUGCUAAGUACACAAAGAAUCAAGCUUGGAAAUCAGACGCUGAUACUCUUCAUGCACCCCCAGCAUCUGAGGUUUCUUUUGAAGACCAUUGCAAGUAUAAAUAUCUUUUCAAUUUCCGAGGAGUGGCUGCUAGUUUUAGGUUUAAGCAUAUUCUACUUUGUAAGUCCCUAGUUUUUCAUGUGGGGAAAGAGUGGCAGGAAUUUUUUUACCCCUUUCUGAAACCAUGGGUUCAUUACAUUCCGGUUGACAAGGAUGCCAGUAAGGAAAGUAUAAAAGAAUUAAUUGAAUUUUUCAAUAACCAUCAAGAUUUAGCAGAAGAAAUCGCCAUUAAUGGUUACAAUUUUAUUUGGAAUAAUUUGCAAAUGAAACAUGUUGAUUGUUAUUGGUUGAAUCUUAUGAAACGUUACUCGAAGCUUUUGAAAUAUAAGCCUGAAUUGGAUCAGACUUUAAUUCAAGUUCAUAAAACUGAUUGAAGUAAACCUCUAUGAGUUAGCUUCAAAAGGAGCACUAGAUUUCUCCAAUUUACCAAAAUAGGGAUGACAAAUACGUGGUGUUCAUACCCAAUUGUAUUUUGUGCGUAGAAAUGGUUUUUCAAAUAUAGUCUUGAUUUUUUUUAAUGUUUCCAAUUUCCAUUCUUCUUUUGAAAUGAUAUUCACGAGGUAUAACAAGCCUCUACAAUAUUAGUCAAGUGUGCUAUGAAGUUUUUAAGUUUGAAAUUUUGUACAAGAAGAACUUAGCUCUAACUAUACUGUUCUGUGGAUUGCUCAAAACUGUCAAGUUAGCAAUUCAGAUAAAGUGAAAAUCAGCUAAUACAUUUUCUUAUAGUAUCAAUUGAGCUCUACCCAUUAACAUCAUUGUUAAUUUAUGUUCAAUUUACUAAAACUGUAUCCAUACAUUCCUACAGAAUAUGCAGAAUCUCAACAAAUUCGUUAAAGAUAUGUUGGCCUGCUUUAGAAGAAAAGUGCGUUAUUAAGUGAUCAAUGUUGAUUUUUUAUUCUUUGAAAUUCACUGACCUCUGAUGUCAAGAGGAUUAUUUUAAUUUUGAUAUAGAGUUUCGUGUGAUUUUAUAUUGGUAAAUCAUUAUGCAAUUUUUAUUCUGCAUAUAUGUAUUAUCUUUCGUACACGAUUUGAUCUGUUGAAUUCAUUUUUCCUGUUUGACAUAUCUAUCUGGUUCCAUAGUAGUGGAAGUUAAUGAAUGCCCAACCAUCUUUAGAGACUAUAGAAUCUAUAGAGAGUACUUUAGGUGGCUGUGAUGAAUGUAUCUAUCUAUAAUCAUCAUUAACAAAGAAAGCAUAUUUGCAUAAAUUUCCAAUUUCUCAAGUUUUCCAAGAAUUCUUCAAAAUCCCAUUCAAGCAGUUGUAUCAAUUAGGAGAAUGUUUUGACACUGCUUCAUCACUCAUUAAUAGAUGAGAAAUUAACGAAGUACCAUAAGGAUGCAAUAUUCUUCUAAGAUUUCAAAUUAAUCUUAAGUAUUUUUUUCAAUGUGAACAUAUCUAAAUGAGACAAAAACGAAUGGUUUUCCCACAUAUGAGUCAAUAUUUGAAUAAUAUUAUUAUGCUUCAAUCUGUUCAUUCAAAGGAAUCGUUGAUUGGUCGAUAAGCCAGCUCAUUAUAUUACAGAUUUCCGAAAAAAAUGCUUUAUUACACAAAAUGUUAUCAGUAUUUGUUGAUGGUUACUAUUUUAGUUGCUCCAUUAGGUUUAGUAGCCCAAAUUGGUCACUCCCUAAGAAUGAUCAUGAAUAAAGAGAAAUCGAGCAUGAAUCAACAGUAAAUAAUUGCAUUCGUUUGGGCAUUGAUUUAAUGUUUCUUAGAUCUCAUUAUAAUAUUGAACUCAUUAUUCGAAGGCGUCGUACUUUAUUUUUAUAAGAACACGCAGACUGACAUAUUGGAUAUCAUAAAUACCUCCUUGACAAUAAUUUUGAUGUGAUACAUCCGACAAUAACUUAAAUGUAAGUGUGUAUCUAAAAGUUCUAUUAGCUAUGUGAUAUUUUCAAUUAAUUAAUAUAUCUGUGACAAUAAAUAAAUGUGUAUAUGUGUGAA